AUGGCUGAAGUUGAGAAAAACGUUGUGAAUGAAGAGAUAAGGGAAGAUGACUCUGGAAGCUAUCAUCCUCAGAAAGAUUACCUGGGAAAUCUUACAAAAAGACUUUUAAAUGACUGCAUCAGAUCUCCUUGGGGACAGGUAUGUGUGAUUGCAUUUGUUUGUUUCUGCUGCCCUGGUAUGUAUAAUGCACUUACUGGUAUGGGAGGAUCUGGUCAAGUUGAUCCUACUGCAGCGGCGAACGCUUCAGUCGCUCUUUUAUCUGUUGGUGCAGUAACUGGUGUUUUUCUUGCUGGUCCCUUGGUGAGCUUGAUUGGCCCUCGUAAUAGUAUAAUGAUGGGGGGAUGGACUUAUGCUCUUUACAGUGGCUCUUUAUUCAAUUUUAAUCAUAGACUGAAUUCCGCUUUCGUUAUCGCAUCGGGUGCGCUUCUUGGGUUGGGUGCUAACUUACUUUGGAUCCCACAGGGAAUGAUAAUGACUACAUAUGUCAAAGAAAGACAUAGAGGGAGAGCUAUAGCCUUGUUUUGGGUCAUUUUUAACUUGGGAGGUGGCAUAGGCUCUUUGGCAAGUCUCGGGAUCAAUUACUACAGCGUUGAGGCUACUGUGACAGAUUCCACGUAUAUUGCAUACAUCGUUAUAAUGUUAUUUGGAUGGGUUUUCGGUUCGUUAUUAAUUUGUGAUGUCACACAAUUAAACGAAAAAUUUUCUGGCCAAAGGGUAAGCAAAGUUAAGCAACAGCAUGGUGAAGCAUUUUCUUUUUCGAAAAUAAAAGAUACCGCUCUUUUUACUUUCAGUGUAUUAUCUGAUUGGAAGUUAUUGUGCCUUAUUCCUAUGUUCUUCUAUGCAAAUGUCUUCUACUCAUAUCAACAAAAUUCCGUGAACGGAAUGACUUUCAAUGUUAGAACUCGUUCCUUAAAUAGUGCACUUUAUUGGAUGAGCCAGAUGAUUGGAGGUAUUGUGAUAGGUGGCUUCCUUGAUUUACACAAAAUCUCUCGUCGCAGGAGGGCGAUUUUUGGAUGGAUACAGUUGCUUGUUGUUGGUAUGGUUAUAUGGGGUGGAGGACUCAAGUUUCAGCUUUGGAACGAUAAGAGAACUGCAAAAGGCUUAAUACAAGACAUCGAUUUCAAGGACAGCAACUACAUUGGACCUAUGUUUUUGUACAUAUUUUACGGUGGUUACGAUGCAUUGUGGCAAGGGUACUGCUAUUGGUUAAUAGGACUAAAAUCGAAGUCACCAGCAGUUGGUGGUGUUAUUGUCGGGUGUUACAAAACAAUGCAGUGCGUUGGAGGUGCCAUGGCAUGGCGUAUCAAUGCGACAGGAGUUUCACCGAUGAAACAACUUGCUAUGAAUUGGGGUCUCACAGGAGGAGCAUUGUUAAUUGCUUUGCCUUCUAUUUUGUUAUUUGUUUCAAAUGAGAGAGAAGAUAUUGAUAUUGAGAAAGAUUCUGGAGUAGAUCAAAAUUCGGGAGAAAGUACGGAAACAAAUAAGGUUUAA